AAGUAAAACACCAAUCACAGUACAGUAAGUAGUGGGAAGAUUGCUGCAGUGUAGAGUUAGUUGUGAAAUCCCUGUCAACCAGAACCCUCACAAAACUAUAGGCUCCAGGAGGAAACAUACUUUGUCAGUGAAGUAGCAACUUCAGGACACUUUUUUAAAGUAAUGGGGAUUUUAGAUCUCUUUCUCCAGUCCUCCAGCUCCAUCUCCCUGUUGGGGGCUCUGCUGGUCCUGCUACUCGUCUACCUCGUCUCCUCCUCCAGCUUCAGCUCAAAGGAAGACAAAAAGGGACCUCCAGGACCAAAACCAUUUCCUCUAAUUGGGAACCUGCUGCAGCUUGAUCUCAAGAGGCCCUACAACACAUUACUAAAGCUUUCCAAGACAUAUGGAUCAGUGUUCACUGUGUAUUUGGGACCCCAAAAAGUGGUUGUCCUGGCUGGGUACAAGACGGUGAAAGAGGCACUUGUCAACUAUGCUGAAGAGUUUGGUGAAAGAGAUCCAAUGUUAAUAAUGGAGGAAUAUAGUCAAGGUCAUGGGGUUUUAUGGUCCAAUGGUGAUUCGUGGAAAGAGAUGAGGCGCUUUGCUUUGACUAACCUGAGAGACUUUGGGAUGGGCAAGAAGGCGAGUGAGGACAAAAUCAUUGAGGAAUGUGAUUACCUCAUUGAAGUGUUCAAGACAUUUAAAGGUGAAGCUUUUGAUUCGACCCAACCAAUAAACUAUGCAGUCUCUAAUAUGAUCUGCUCCAUUGUUUAUGGCAGCAGAUUUGAAUAUGAUGAUCCAGAGUUUACAUCCCUGGUAGAUCGGACAAACAGAAACAUUCAACUUGCGGGCUCCCCAUCAGUACAGUUGUAUAACAUGUUUCCAUGGAUCGGUAAAUGGUUUGGUGGGAAGAAAGAAAUGGAGACAAUAUUUGCUGUCAACCAGAAACAUAACUUACAGCUGUUCAGUCGUUUGAAAGAGACCCUCAAUCCUCAGAUGUGCAGAGGCUUUGUGGACGCCUUUCUGGUCCGAAAGCAAAAUCUGGAGGAAUCUGGGAUUGCCAACAGUUACUUCCACGAACACAACCUUAUGCAGACAGUUUUUCAUCUUUUCGGGGCUGGCACUGACACAACAGCAUCUACACUGAGAUGGGGACUUCUGUUUAUGGCCAAGAAUCCAAAAAUACAAGACCAGGUCCAGGAGGAGCUGAGCAGGGAGAUAGGAAGUCGUAACGUUCAGGUUGAGGACAGGAAGAACCUGCCCUUCACCAACGCUGUCAUCCAUGAGACACAGAGACUGGCCAGCAUCCUCCCGAUAGCAGUGCCUCACAAAACAAGCCAAGACAUCACCUUCCAGGGUCACUUCAUUAAGAAGGGGACCAAAGUAUUUCCUCUCUUAACAUCUGUCCUGCAUGAUGAGAGUGAGUGGGAGAGGCCACACAGCUUUUAUCCUGCUCACUUCCUGGACAAAGACGGGAAGUUUGUCAAGCGAGAAGCCUUCAUGCCUUUUUCUGCAGGUCACAGGAUUUGUCCCGGAGAGAGUUUGGCCAGGAUGGAGCUCUUCAUCUUCUUCACCAGCCUCCUGCAGCACUUUCGUUUCACUCCUCCUCCUGGAGUUUCAGAGGAUGAACUGGAUCUGACUCCACGUGUGGGCUUCACCCUCAGCCCUUCACCCCAUAAACUGUGUGCUGUUUCCUGUAUGUGAGCAGUAGGGCUUGAAAAUGCUGCUUGGCCCACUUUUAUGACUUCAACUCACUUCAAGAGAGUAGAUUUUAAUUUGUACAGCAUUAUAUUCCAUAUAGUGCAACAGAACUGAAAAUGUUAAAUUUCAAUGAUGCAAUUAACAGAACUUUCAUUUCAUCAAAGAUUUGCAAAUAAGUAACUAAAUGCACAUCAGUAACCUGAUGAUGCACCAGAUGAUGUGUUACACAGAACCAUCUGAGAAGCGGUCAUUGAAAAGUGUCUGGGAAAGGGCAGGCACUUAAAAAAAUACCUGGCACGUGAUUGGAUAUCAGACCAGAUAGAUGGUAUUCUCUACAUCCAUUGGCAUCUCUGACUAUCCUGCCAUUAAAAGUUUAGAUAGUAUCCACAUCUAUCUUUCUGAGCCAUAUACUAUAAAUACUUGGGAAUUUGGCUUGACAGCAGACUGACAUUCAAGAUUCAUAUUCAAGAUUGGAGCCAAAGAUGUUAUCAAACCAGGCCUUCCAUACAUGAUUAAAGGGGGUCUGUCUUACUGGGGUCUGAAACCGUAAAAAUACUGUCAGCUUCCUCAUAAAGUGUGUGCUGU